AUGGGCGAAGUGAUAGAGAACGAGGAAUCAAUUGACGUACCGAGACCAGACCAAUGCCACGUGACUCACUUACACAGGGCAUUCAGUCCGAAUAUCGGUGCUGAUAGUGCUCUGAUAGUCUUGAACCAGGAGAUCACCAUACCACGGGAUGUGUUCAUAUCCUUGUGGAACGCCUAUGGCUUGAAGAUAUGCGCCGAUGGGGGCGCCAAUAGGCUGUAUGACAUCAGUCCAACGUUGGUGCCUGACUACAUCGUUGGAGACUUGGACUCUUUGAAGCCAGACGUGAAGCAAUGGUAUGAAUCUAAAGGUGUUGAGGUGAUCAAGCAAUCUACGCAAUACGCUACAGAUAUGCAGAAGGCCAUUGAUCUCGUCGAAGUGCACUAUCACUACGCUGAUGCACAAGAGAGGUUCGAUGUUAGCAGCUUGGACACUUAUGAUUCACUCUUGACAUUACACUCCUCGUUGAACAAGACCUCUCGUCCGCAGAUGUUGAUGGUUGGUGCCAUUGAUGGAAGGUUUGACCAUACCAUUCAGUCCAUCAGUGUGAUGUUGAAACGUAUCCAGCUGAGCCCAGAUUCACCCAUUUUCUUCUUAACAAGAACAAACCUCAUCUUUGCGAUCCCCAAGGGGUUGAACUACGUUGAUUACACCAAGACUACGUUCCAAUCUUACAACUGUGGAUUGUUACCAUUAGCAGGAGACACCAGGUUAACGACCAAGGGACUGAAGUGGGACGUUAUCGACUGGGACUCUUCGUUAACGGGGUCCGUGAGCACGAGUAAUAGACUGGUGGGGACCGAUGGAAUCGUGGUUCAAUGUGACAAGGAACUGAUCAUCAAUGUGGAAAUGGCACAUUACUGA